AAAAGCUGCUGUACACAAUACGUCACAGUUUUUGCGUGACCUCAGAUGUGAGUAUGAGACGUUGAUCGUUUUAGGUAAAGUGAGCGAAUUUAUGCGACAAAUACCGACCUCAAGUGACAACCAAGUGGCUUAAUAUCCUUCAGAACCCAACGUGACCUUGAUUUAAGACACGUAACAGAACCUAACAACUUAAAAAAGGAAAACAAAAAUGAGUCGAACUACAGUGUGCUUGUUAUUGUUAUUCCUUGUGGACAUUUCCGCCCAAGAUACAGACUUUCAUAACUGCAAUGACCCAAUCGAACCUGGUCGAUGCCGUGCGUAUAUCCCAAGAUGGGCAUGGGAUACGAGAAAGGAAGAUUGUGUACAAUUUAUCUAUGGUGGAUGUGGGGCUAAUGGAAAUAAUUUCUACACCAAAGAAGCUUGUGUUGAUACAUGUAUGGCGCAAUCAGAUCCAAUUCAUAACAAAGAUGGCGUGUGUCCGGUUGUUGAUAAGGACUCGAUUGGAUCAUGUCAGCAGGAGUGUGAAAAGGAUUCAGAAUGUGACGGCGAAAAUAAAUGUUGCAGUAACGGAUGUGGACGAAUGUGCCAGGCUCCUGUCUUUGCCUUCAAUGAUAAGGCGCCAUUACCUGGUUCAUGUCCCAAAGUUUCUACCGAUAGCAUUGGCGUCUGUAUGGAUAGUUGUUCAUGCCAUUCACAGUGUAAAGAAGGACAAAUGUGUUGUUUUAAUGGAUGUGGUCAUACAUGUAUUGACGUAAAAGUUUCCACGCAACCACACGAAAUGAUGCAAGACAAAACAGUAUGUGACCAUAACUGGAGUUUGUUCAAUGGAUCGUGUUAUCAUUUUGUUGGAUACAGCCGAUCUUAUCACCAAGCAUUCGCGGAAUGUUAUCACGAACACGUGGAUUCGCAACUGGCCGACCUGAAAACACUGCAACAAUAUGAAUGGCUUUAUGAUUUCCUAGAUGAACAACACAAUUUUAUUCCCGAUAUUGGUGUGUGGAUUGGUCUUCAUCUUGAGGAGAAUCAAUGGGUAUGGAGUGAUGGUUCACCUUUGACCUAUGCAAAUAAAUGGGCAACUGGUGAACCCAAAGGAAGUGGUCCCUGCAUCACAAUACAUAAAACGUAUGGAGGAAUGUGUGACGUCACAUGUGACCAUAAAAAACAGUACAUCUGCCAAUACGACCCAAAAAGAACCAUGGAUGAUUCAACGCAUGAACCGGCAGUAUCUGGUGAACACCACGCUGCUUCAACAGACAAUAGAAUCAAGGUGGAUAUGUACAUCCUGAGUGGUAUUAUAUUUGCGUGUGUUUUCUCCAUCAUUGCCGUAGCCUAUAUUGUGCACAUACGAUGUCGUCGUCGUGUCGUCAAAACUGGAGACAAGAAAGUAAAAGUGGUUAAAUAUGAUGGAUAUGAACCAAUGUUGCUGUAAAGUGCCAACAUGACGGUUAUGGUCACGCGACAUUCCUAAGCAUACAAUGUUAAACAUGAUUAUCACGUGACAAAUACGAUAUACGGUGUUAUGGCUAACACCAUGGAUACCGUACCGAGACAUGCAAAAUUAACCUAUGUAUAUAGUUUGUUAUCAUUUUCUAAUAUUCUAAAAAAAAAAUAUGAUUUCUCAUUUUUUUAUUUUUAUUUCUUUUGACGACGUAAUCAUGUUACUGUGUAUUGUAACAAAAAUAAUUUUUCAUUUACGUCACGUCUAUUCAAUGAUAAAAUUGCUUAGUCAAAGCAGUCAAGAAAACUUAAUACACUACAGGAUAUGACGUUUUUGGCAUUACAGGAUAUGACGUGUUUUGACAUUACAGGGCCUUGUUCAUCAUACGUUUAAAUACCAUGUGAGCAAUGUAUUAUACAUACGCUGUAUACGUCGCAGUGACUCACGUGACACGUCACGACGACCAUCGCCCUUUAAUUACGAUCUUGAUUGUGUUGGUGCAAACGAAUGUUGGUGCUUUCCUUGACAACUGUUAAUUAGUUUGAAUAAAUUUAGUUUUCCAGAUUGUUUUGAUAUAAUUCCUAUAACAUUUUGUUUUAUCAAACAAUUCCAAACCAUGUAUAUAUUGUGUGUUCUGAUAUAAUCUAUCCCGGUCUAGUUAGAAUUAUAACUUGUACAGUUCCUAAAUCAUUAUUGUCGUUGUUGAGGAUGUGCUUAAGACCACCGGAACAAACUUUAUUAAAGCUACGGAGGACACAGCAAAGAUGUGAUUGGUUGGCAAAUUCAGUUGCACAAAACUUAAAGAAAUUAAUUCUUGUUUUUUUUUCUAUUUUGCCGUGUUAACAAGUUAUGUACGCCAAGUCACGACCAGAAUUCCGGAAAAAUGUUGAUUUUAAUAUCGUUUCUUAGUUUAACACCGCAUAAUCAGGGAUGUCUUUGAUAGUUAUUAAAACAGGAAUGAUUUUGUGAGAUGCGAUUUGCUGUCAAUAAUCUUAGGGUUGUGGCCAGAGCGAGGCUGUGAUUUGAAUUACUAUAGGUGCCAACCACCAGUCUGUUUUAUCAAUGUUAAUAAUCAACAGGUUUCUGUCAGUUAUGUGUGAAUAAGAUGAGAUAAUCUCUUCAAGUUUGUUUCGCAAGACAACAUUUGUUGGUUGUCUGCCACGCUACCUUAAGAUUACUGGCCACUACUGAUCCCGCGAACUCGAAGAGCACGAGUUUUAGUUCAGAUGCGAAAAUUGCAAAAUGAUGUCACAAAAGAAAAGUAUGUUUCCAAUGGCCCAUGUUCGAGAACUUAUUUUAUUGGAAAUAAAACCAUUUCACGAGCAAACACGAAUACACCUUUAAUUCGACAGCUCAUCUCUGUGGACAUGUAUGGUUAGUAGUAUUGGGGUAUAUAAUGUUCCAUUAUCGAUAAACAGUACUGAGAAUAUAUUUAUUUACAUUUCAGUAUGACAUGUAUUGUUUAACCAAUAAACAUGGAUAUCUUGCAAUUUAGUGUUGACCUGUUGUGAAUACUAGUAAUCGUUAUACCUUUUGCUUCACAUGUAACCCAAUGAAACUUGUAAUGUACUCUCACCCAAGCUUAUCUUAAUAUAGUAAUGUUAGUAGUCUUUCGUACACAAUUGUUUAAAUCAUUGAAAUGAAUUAGUUUAAAUAUUGUUCUUUACAAUAUUAUUCAUAUCAUUUGUUGCGCCUUAGUGUGUUUGUAAAUAUCCGAUAAUUAGUAAAUAAACAACUGGCAAUCUGUUAUCAA